GCAACAACACGCGAGAAUUUGGCUCUAGUUCCUCUCAUCCAUCCACUGAUCACUCCAAGCAAGAAGGAAGGAGAUCGCUCGAGCUAGCAAUGGCUCCAAUGGCGCUCAAGGGUGUUGCGGCCAAGGAGACGCCGGUCAAGGGCGCGUACGUGACGUUCCUCGCCGGCUCCGGCGACUACUGGAAGGGUGUGGUGGGCCUCGCCAAGGGCCUCCGCGCCGUCAAGUCGGCCUAUCCGCUGGUGGUGGCCGUGCUCCCCGACGUCCCCGAGGACCACCGCCGCACGCUGGUCGACCAGGGCUGCGUCGUCCGCGAGAUCGAGCCCGUGUACCCGCCGGAGAGCCAGACCCAGUUCGCCAUGGCGUACUAUGUCAUCAACUACUCCAAGCUCCGCAUCUGGGAGUUUGUUGAGUACAAGAGGAUGGUGUACCUGGACGCGGACAUCCAGGUGUUCGACAACAUCGACCACCUGUUCGACCUGGAGGCAGGCAGUUUCUACGCUGUCAGGGACUGCUUCUGUGAGAAGACCUGGAGCCACACGCCGCAGUACAAGAUCGGCUACUGCCAACAGUGCCCCGACAGGGUGUCGUGGACGGAGAGCGACCUCGGCGUGCCACCGCCGCCGCUCUACUUCAACGCCGGCAUGUUCGUGCACGAGCCCAGCCUCGCCACUGCCAAGGCCCUCCUCGAGAAGCUCGUCGUCACCGACCCGACCCCCUUCGCCGAGCAGGAUUUUCUCAACAUGUUCUUCAACGACGUGUACAAGCCCAUCCCGAACGUCUACAAUCUGGUGCUGGCCAUGCUCUGGAGGCACCCCGAGAACGUGGAGCUCGGCAAGGUUAAGGCCGUGCACUACUGCGCUGCCGGUUCGAAGCCUUGGAGGUUCACCGGCGAGGAGGCGAACAUGGACAGGGAGGACAUCAAGAUGCUGGUCAACAAGUGGUGGGGCAUCUACAACGACGAGAGCCUAGACUUCAAGGGCGCCGACGGCGGCGAGGUCACCGACCCGCUUGGUGCGGCUCUCGGCUCGAAGCCAUGGAGGUUCACGGGCAAGGAGGCGAACAUGGACCGUGAAGACAUCAAGAUGCUGGUGAAGAAGUGGUGGAACAUCUACGACGACGAGAGCCUAAACUUCAAGGGAGACGUCGCCGGCGAGGUCACCGUCACCGACCCGCUUGGUGCGGCUCUGUCCGAGGCCCUCGCCGUCAAGUACUUCCCAGCGCCCUCAGCCGCAUAGGCUCGUUGCGCCGUUCAUGGCGGCGUUGAAGUACACUGCUGGUUGGCGCUCAAUCAGGCGUCAUAUUUCAGAUUAGAAUAAUACAGUAUGUAUUAUCGAUUAAAGAUCGAUCUACACGGUUUUGGUGUUGUAGAUCUACGAUCAGUAUAUCAGUGUGUUUUUGUUUGCAA